GAUCUAUGAAGGCUACAUCGGUUUUGUAGAUAGCCGCUAUGGCAUUCACUUUUAUUCUCACAUUCACUGUUUCAUUAGUUGCAGCAUUAGAUGAGGAAUGUGCCAAAUGUGAUCUACGCUCAUCGUACUGUAAGAUUUGGGACGACGGUGCCAAAACUUGCGCAUGUCGUGAAGGUUUUGUGCAGUUACCGAAUGGAACUUGCCAAGUUUCCGGACCACCUCUCUCAAAAGUCAUCGAUGACCCUUCUGAAGAGCCGUUCUGUGUUCUUGGUCAGGCAGAAAAAGCCGCGACAAGGAUUCUCACCGAGUUGCUCUCGAAGUACGACCGUAAUCUGGUGCCAAAGAUGAAAGGAGUCGAUGUGGACGUCGAACUGCUAAUUCAACGAGUUUCUGAAAUUUCAGAAAUACAGUCGGCGUCCACUAUGCACAUCCUUUUCAGUCAAAUUUGGCACGACCCAGGGUUAUCGUUUGAGCAUGAAGAAGGUGCUCACUGCCUUACAAAUCUUUCACUCUCACAUCGAAUGGUUGAUAAUAUUUGGCUGCCUAAUGUCUGUAUAGUAAACAGUAAAGGAUCGGUGAUACAUAAAAGUCCAACGCCAAACAUAUUCCUUGCCAUUUUUCCAAAUGGGACAGUUUGGAUGAACUAUCGGAUUGUCGUCGAAUCACCAUGCGAAAUGGAUUUUAGUUUCUUUCCUAUGGAUCGCGUUAUGUGUACGACAAUAUUCGAAAGCUAUUCAUUCAAUGUCGGCAAGGUGCGGUUACACUGGAAAAGGCAAGGACAACCGGUGGAGUUCAUAGAUGAAGUGAAAUUGCCAGAUUUUCACAUGACUACAUUUAUCCACGAAAAAGCAACAUUUCAAUAUCCUGCAGGGGUAUGGGAUCAGCUCAAUAUAAAGCUAUUCUUUCGACGUUCAUACGGGUUUUAUAUACUACAGAUCUAUCUCCCUACCUAUUGCAUGGUGUUAAUUAGUUGGAUCUCAUUCUGGUUGGAUCGUCGCAGUCUUCCAGCCAGGGUCACAUUAGGAGUUUCAUCGCUCAUGGCGCUUACACUGCAAUACAGUAAUGUAGCUAGGAGUUUACCCAAGGUUUCCUACGUAAAAGGCUUGGAUCUCUUCAUGUUCGGUUGUGUAGGGUAUAUCUUCCUAUCAAUAGUUGAGCUUGCUGUUGUUGGUACUCUGGAGAAGCAUAAGACAAGGAAGAACGAAGAAUUCAUGUCGGAGGAAGAGAUCAAGAAAAACGUUUUUCAACGGACUUUCUCAUCAAAAAGCUUUCGCUCUGGAUAUUUUCAUGGUCCACCAAGAGUCUGCGAAUCAAACUGUGGUUCACCAGAAGACUGGCGGCGGCCUGAAUGGAACGACAGAACGUAUGUCGAAUGUCCAGAGCCGAAACCUCCGGGUAGCAAUAAUUCACCAGAUCUCGAAGCUGAAGACAACAAUCAGAUGCUGGUAUUUGUUCGACAACGGAAAGCAUCACGUAAGCGGCGGCGAUUAGGCGGGAAAAUAUUUCACAAAUGGACUGGUGAAGAUAUGGACAGAUUCUGCCAGAAACUCUUCCCGAUCAGUUUCACGUUUUGCAAUCUGAUAUACUGGAUGUACUACACGGCCAAGUCUAGAGAUUAGCCACUCAAUGAUCUUCAAAGCGGACAACUCGUCCGCUACACCUCGGAGUCCCUCAGAGAAUCUCGAACAGUCUGUCAAAAUCCGUCAUUGCCUGUAAGCGUUGCCAACUUGGUGUAUUUACACAGACUGUUCCCAUUCCGUCUACUUUUACGCCUCAUACAUUCCGCUCCUACAGAGUUGCCUUGUUCUGAGCUUUUUGGAUUAUAAAAAUCUUCGAUGUUUAAAUUUUGCUCUU